AUCACUCGAUUUAAGUUAUCAGCGACGGCUGCUUCGCCAUGCUGAAGAGGAAAACACACAGCGAGCACAGCUGAGCGGGAACACACAGCUAUUUCCUCAUUUCAUCUGAUUGCCACUUGUUUCCCAGGAUUUACCAAGGAUGCGUCUGAGAACAUUGCUUUCGCGAAAGUUAAAUUACGCUUGACUUGGACUUGUUUUGCGCGUCGGAAUGAAGAGCGUGAAGUAAACCUGGAGACUUCUGUUGUUGUUUUUUUUAAAUAUAUAGCCUAGCUAUAUAUAAAUCACGCAACUUUAGCAAAGAUUUGCGCAAAUCGAUCCUGUGGGUGACAGCCCUGUCUGUGGAUUUCUACCUGAAGCAGGUGAACGCGUCAUGUCCAAGCCCAUGGAUCACGUUAAGCGUCCUAUGAACGCGUUCAUGGUCUGGUCCCGAGCGCAGCGGCGGAAAAUGGCCCAGGAGAACCCAAAAAUGCACAAUUCUGAAAUCAGCAAGCGCCUCGGAGCGGAGUGGAAACUUCUGACGGAGUCCGAAAAGAGGCCGUUCAUUGACGAAGCCAAGCGCCUGCGGGCGAUGCACAUGAAGGAGCACCCCGACUACAAAUACAGACCCCGGAGGAAGCCCAAGACUUUAAUGAAGAAGGACAAAUUCGCGUUCCCGGUGGCGUAUAAUUUGGGAGAGCACGAGGCGCUGAAGGUGGGCGGCUUACCGGGCGGAGCGCUCACCGAGUCUCUGAUGAGCAACCCGGACAAGGCAGCGGCGGCGGCGGCCGCAGCAGCGGCCAGGGUGUUCUUCAACCCCUCCAUGUCCACAAACCCAUACUCGUUUUUUGAUCUUGGCUCAAAGAUGACCGAACUUUCGCCACCGUCUUUCUCUUACGCCUCACCGUUGGGUUACCCAACAGCGGCGACCGCGUUUUCGGGCGCAGUCGGCAGCGGAGCGCACACACACACGCACUCGCAUCCUUCACCGGGUAACCCCGGGUACAUGAUCCCGUGUAACUGCGCAGCCUGGCCGUCAGCGGGGCUCCAGCCGCCCCUUGCAUACAUUUUACUACCCGGAAUGGGAAAACCACAACUUGAACCGUAUCCCGCGUACGCAGCGGCGUUAUGAGACUCUAUAGCGGGAAAAGUUUUUAAUGUGAACAGAAAAAAAAGACUACAUGCAAUACACGUGGAGCAUGCACGAACCUGAACAUGUGAUGAUAGGCUACCACGAUCGUCAUAUCAGAUAUCACAUGUGUUUGUACCAUGAUUAUAACGCCUUGAUGUAAAAGGUAAAAGCUCUGACUUUCUGGAUAGCAGUGUACUGAACGGAUCCAGUCUGCCCUUGUCAAUGUGAAUAAUCCUAGGAAAAUGUCUACUACCUGCCACGUCUGAUUAUUAACCUGUUGCCUCUGUAACCAGUUCAGAUAUGCGCCGCUGUUACAGAGAAGAUCGGUCAGUGCUGUCAGCGCGGAGACUUUAUUGGAGAUAAAAGGAAACAAUUAUUCAGAAAAUCAGUUUUAAUGAACCCCGCGCAGUUUCUUUUCUAAUCAAAUCAUGUGGGUGUAUAAAUGUGUACAGUUUUAUUCAACUGGUGUAGUGCUCUAUAAAAGCCGGAGCUGGUGGAUUACAAAUCGGGUGUAUAUUUUGAGUUCUGGAAAACUGCUCCAUGGAUAUAUGUAAUAUUUAUUGUUCAGUCAGUGAAUAUCCUAUUUGUUGAUCGUGGGACACGCCGUGUCCUUUGAUAUUUGCACAAAGGGAGACCACGAGCACUUAUACAUGUAAUUUAUUGAAAAGAAACAAGAAAUAAUGAUCAUCAUGCCCAAGUUUCUGAAAUUUUCCAAGGGUGUUGCUCGGUCCGUCAACAUAAUUACACUUUACAUCACAGACGAUUGUCAGACGCGUUCAUUUAAGAAAGUCAGUCCGUUUUUUUACUAACUCGAAGUGAAAAUGUAUGUUAUAUGUUUUGCAUAAUUCUACUUAUAUGUACUUAAAAUGCCUAUCGUUCAUUUGAACAAGGGGGAUAUAAUAAAGCGUAUGCGGAAAAAAGGA